AUGCUUGUCGCUCUUGAAGCAGGCCUACAGAAGCUCCGCGAGUACUACGCAAAGACCGACCAGCCUAAGGCUAGUAAUGUGUAUGCGCAUAGCACUAUCCUCGCACCGAAGGAUAAGUUACAGUACUUUAAACGCAAGGAAUGGUCUGGUGGGCCAGAGGGCUCCGCACCCUUCAAGAUCGGAUUAAAGCUUAUUAAUUCGAAGAGGAUAACACCCUUCUAUCUGAAGCUUAUACAUAAGGGUCGGAGCUUAAUCGGUUACUCGAAGAUAAAGAUCGGGAUAAACUCGCACGGUAUCUUCAAGCCGGCCUUCUGGAGGGACUAUCAAGUUGAAUACCCUACCCUCGCACGGGUAGCCCGUGAUAUCUUCUCUAUCCCCGCCACUGGUGCGGGGGUAGAGAGGCUAUUUAAUUCAGCCCGCGAUAUUUGUCAUUAUCGCAGAGGUCGUCUGAACUCAAUAACUAUCUAG